AGUUAUUGCGGCUCAGCUGAGGAUGCCGGGAAGGGCUGGUGGUCGGGGGCCUGGAGCGGCGGUUGCGCUUGGUUGCGGCUGCUGUCAUCAUGUCCCGCAUUUUGGUGCCUUGCCAUGUGAAAGGCACCGUAGCCCUCCAGGUGGGCGACGUGCGGACCUCCCAAGGCCGGCCUGGCGUGCUGGUCAUCGAUGUCACCUUCCCCAGCGUCGCUCCCUUCGAGUUGCAGGAGAUCACAUUUAAGAAUUACUACACAGCUUUUUUGAGCAUCCGUGUCCGUCAGCACACCUCUGCACACACACCUGCCAAGUGGGUGACCUGCCUGCGGGACUACUGUCUAAUGCCCGACCCACACAGUGAGGAGGGAGCCCAGGAGUAUGUAUCGCUGUUCAAGCAUCAGAUGCUGUGUGACAUGGCCAGAGUACUGGAGCUACGCCUGAUUCUGCGGCAGCCAUCACCACUGUGGCUGUCUUUCACAGUGGAGGAGCUGCAGAUCUAUCAGCAGGGACCAAAGAGCCCCUCCAUGACCUUCCCCAAGUGGCUCUCCCACCCAGUGCCCUGUGAGCAACCUGCACACCUCUGUGAGGGUCUCCCAGACCCCAGCAGGGUAUCCUCCGAGGUGCAGCAGAUGUGGGCACUGACAGAGAUGAUCCGGGCCAGUCACACCUCCACGAGGAUCGGCCGUUUUGAUGUGGAUGGCUGUUAUGACCUGAACUUGCUCUCCUACACUUGAAUGGUGGCUCCUACCCAAGAUGUUGGCCUUUCCGUGCCCACCCAGACUUGGUUUGGGCCACCAGAGGCUGAAGUGUGUUUCCUGUGCAUUCCGAAUGUUGCCUGCAUGCCUAUUCUGUCUGGGCCACGUUCACAGAUUCAAGAUUCUCGGGGGGCUCACUGUGUUACUUCAGCAUGAGCUCCUGGCAGGGGGGGUGCCCUGUCUUCGCCUGGCUGCAACUCAAUUCUUCCUUCUACCCAAAAACACUCCAGUCAGUUGUACUUACUGAGAAUCCCUGAGUGCCCUCUGCCCAUCCUGCCAACAUGCACAUUCCUGUCUUCUGCCUGCUCCCUCACCUCAGUGCAGUUGGGCUGGGCUGACCUACUAGAACCUGCUCCAUGUAUGAACCUGGAAGGCCACUGCUGGCAUGGCACUUGGGACACUUGAGGAAGAAACAGAAACCUUCUUUCUUCCUGUGUGUCCCCUAGUGGUUUUCUUUCCGUUUGUAUUAUGCCACAGAAAUAAAUUUCUUGUCUAAA